CGUGGCCUUAAAGUGACCCUGCCCUCUGCUGUUCUGGAGGUGCUACUGCAGCGCUACAGGAGGCGGAACUGCUCUUAUUCUUUAACAAGUUUCGUUCAAUUUUAAAAUAUAUUAGAAUUUUAAGCGGUUUCAUGCCGUUUCCCCUUACAUAAAUUCAUGGAAUUAAACAAAAAAAACAUGGCUAUUUCUAGAAAAAAAAUAUUGACAGUUUGUUCUUCAAACAUUUGGUUUUGUGAAUAAAAACAUCUAGAGUAGUAGUAGACCUAACUGCAACAAUUUCCAACUAUUACAAUGCCAAAUAAAACACAGCCUAUUUAUACUAUUCAGGUGGACUUAGAAAGAAGUCUACCUAUAAAAUUCCAGUCAAAAUUAAAAUGAUCAACCGUUACAUUUGUCCCAUUUCCUAAAGAAGUAGAGUACCUUUCUUCGAAAACCUAAACGCGGUUCCCGGACUUCCUGGAAACGUUCAUGUCAUUGUUAUUGACGUGAACUUCCUUUACAACAAGAGCAACGAGAAAUUUGAUAUUUUCUUUGCAGCUAGGGCGGUAGGCGCAGGUUCGCUCCACCACCACAGCCACCUUAAUCAACGGCAGUGAACCAUGGAGGGGGGUGGCAGAGUGUCUUGGAUGAAAUAUGGUUCUUUUGUUUCCCUGUUUGUGGUUCUGUUUGCCGUGUGGUUCCGUUCGCCUCAUAAUGCGGUUCUGGACGACCGGUUGGACACCGUCCUGUCCUCCCUGCUGCAAGCUGAAAAGAAAGUCGGCGUGAACAACGUCGCCAGACCCAAAGUGGCAAUUGGUUUUGGGGGUUGUGUGGACCUGCUUGUAGAUGGUGUGUCAUUUUUAAAAAAGAUAGGCAUCUCUAACACAGAAAGCCCAGUGCAUUAUGACUACCUAGAAAAUGCUGAACAGCUGGCUCAAAGCUUUGCCUACUUCUUUGCACCAGGAGCAGCGGCAGAGCGCUUUAUGCUGAAUGAAACCCUCUUCAGUGAGCUGGUGGACAGCGCUCGGGACCUACCCGGGAACAGAUGGGCUGUAGGUGGAAACGCUCCAGUCAUGGCUGGUCGCAUGGCAAAUGAGGGAUGUGAUGUAUUGCUCGGGGGAAGUUACAGCACCGAUUUCGUUGACGUCCUUCCCGAGCACAUCACAGUGGCUGGUGAAGUUCUAGAAGAGCCAGACAUUCAUUUGAUCCUGGAGUAUUCAGCUGGAUCUAGCUGGGGCCGUUAUACGUCACGCAGAGCCAACAGAUACAUAAUUCACAGUGAUAACCGGAACCCCUAUUUGUCCUCUAUGGAAGAGUUUGCUAAGAAACUCAAAGACUUUAAACCAGAUCUGUUGGUGGUGGGUGGCCUGCAAAUGAUGGAUAACUUUCCAUUCCAGUCAGGUGAGAGAGAUGCUCUCCUUUCUCGUUUGUCAGACCUGCUCUCCUCUUCCUCUCCUCAAAUCGGCAUUCAUUUUGAGAUGGCCAGCUUUGUUGAAGAAAGUAUAAUGGAAGACCUUCUGCACUAUGUCGUCUCCCACGCAGACUCCUUAGGAAUGAAUGAACAGGAACUUCCAAAUCUCCUCAGCCUCCUCAAAGGCUCCAACAUCACAGUGCUGUCGGAUCCAAACCCUCGUGUCGCCACGGUCCUCGACCAGAUGAGGGAGGUGUAUCGAAUUCUCAACCAACGCUACAAAGACGCCAGUACGGAAAGUGACGCAAAGGGUGCUAAAAGGAGGGGUAAGCCGUUGACCCGCCUCCACGUGCACACGCUGGCCUUCCAGGCCAUGAUCGUGACACGGGACUCCAAAUGGAAAAACACCAUGUCAGCCACGGCAAAGGCCUCGCUCACAGCUAACCGCCACGUCUGCGGCUCCAAUGACAUCGACCCCAGCAAGGCGAGGCUCAUCAUGGACGACUCGUUCUCCGUCAGCCAACGAGAAGGAAGCCAGCGCAUCCCUUUGCAGGAGAACAGGCCCGUAAGCUGUUGGGAUGAGGACGACUAUGAGAUUUGUGUGGCCCCAGUGCUGGUGUGUACCGAGGUUUACCAGACUGCAGGUGGAGGAGACAACGUCUCUGCUGCUGGCCUGGUCUUACAGAUUUAAAAAAGGAAAUAGGGUUUUUUCUGUUUAAUCAAUGUUGGCAAACCAUGUGACCCUGGUAACUUGAUCAAAGUGUGGCUCACUUCCGACUUUGGGUACUGAUGAAUCUGUUACUUCUGCAGCUGAUGGUCCAACCUGUCAAUAAUAGAAACUUCUUACAGGUGAGAAAAGUCCAUUGAUGGUUAGCAGUAAUUGGUGAUGGAGUGAAGCCACCAUCUUUUCAGUCUCAAAUGUAUGUAGGAUGGAGGACAGUCAAUGGAAAAUACACAUUUGCUGCUCAGCUAAAAACCUAAAUUAAAAAAUCAAUGAUAUGAAAAUGUAAAACGAUUAAAUUGAUCCAGCAUGUUUGCCGGGUCACUGCUUUCCACCUUUAGACUUUUUGAUUUUCAUAGCUUAUCUUUUUAUAUUUCUCUGACACCUUAAAAAUGUAAACUUUGGUCAGGAUGAUAUAAAGGAGGGCUGAGGUUUGGGGUAACAUUGGGCACAAGUUAUAGGUUGUUUUAUUGGGCCAACAUGUGCCCUGUGUGGUUCUUUUUGUGUGUGUGUGUGGUUUUCUUUUUUAGUAAUUUUUGCACAACUUCUCCUUUGAGAUCAAUUAUCCUCCCACUCUUUAAACGUGGGCUGCAGCUAUGCAACAAGGCCUCAGAAAUGACUGAAUCCAGUGUUUCUUGGCGUCAUGCAUAUCAGGUUUUGAACAACCCUUUGACCUCAUUUAUCUAUGAGCUUGUUCUUUUUUGAAUCCCACUAAGCUUCAACUGAUCAGAACGCUUUGACCUAAAGAUCAUCCUCUUUCCUGAUCUUGAGCCCUUUCUCUGAAAGAAAGGAGGAACAUGGUGGAAAUUUCCUGUUUUUCCUGCUAUAUGUGAAGCGUGUGCAUAAUAUUGUGGGCGUGUUAGUGUUGGGUGUAAAUCUCUGCGUUGAAGUUGUGUGCAAUAAUGCAGAGAGACCACUGCAGGGAGCUGAUUCUGAUGUCAUUGUUUAUUCAAUUUUCCGUCAGCUGCUCUCUCACUCUGACUUCUUUCCCUUUUGUCAGUUUUUCACCUGAAAUGAACAUUUAGUUGGAUUUGCUGGAAAACGGGCUGCUUUUCUGUCAUUUUUACUUGAAGUCAUCAUUUGACUCUUGAAUCUUUGUGAAACAUGGAGAUCCGCCUGGAUCUCCAUAUUUCCAUGUUCCACCAGGCCACACUUGAGUCGUCUUAUUUACAAUUGAAUCUCCUUUGCAACAGAACUGUUGUGCUUAUCUGACUUUUUUUUUUUUUACAACUGUGAUUCUUUUUUGAUUGAUUUUGUUUCAAAUCUGUAUUUAAAUGCUGACUUUAGCACAUUUCAACUGUGCCUCCCCCUCUUUAUACAAAUAAACAUUCCAUCAUCAAUCCAGUUGGGCCUGUUUCCAGAACUACAAUAGUCAAGUUGACCAUUUUUUCCUUAAAUAAUUGUGCCCUCAUAAAGACUGCAUCUGCAAGCUAUUUGAGCCUUAUUCUGUUUGUUUCUGUUUGAAACCCAAACGAUAAAACCUGUCCCAGUAGACGUAUGUUUUAUCUCUUGAGCUCUCUGGUCUUAAACGGUUAUUAGAUUUGUGUUUAUUUUGACAUUAAAUUGUACUGUACACUAAAAUCAUGAACAUAGAGGGAUUUGCUGGAAUUUGUUACUAGACUUCUCAGACUUUCCUGUACAUCAAAUAACCCCUGUUUUCUGACGGUCUUGUAAAUGUUGGAAUCAUGUUAAUCAUGAAAAUCACCUCAGAUAAAGUGCUAUGCUCAGCAAAA